CUUCCUUAAAAACUUAAUCCAAGAUCAAAUUUCACUAGCACCCUUCAAAAUGCAGACAGCUUUAACCUUUGCUGCCCCCAACGUUGUGCCUCUGAAACAUGCAAAGAGUGUCUCCCAUCUUACCAGCUUCCCUACCAAAUUGACUGGCUCACGUGCUUCACCUCGUUACCCCCCAAUCAAAUUUGCAGCCGUUAACCAUGACACUUCAAUUGUGGAUUACAACUCUUCCUUCUCAGUGUUUCCAGCAGAAGCAUGCGAAACUAUUGGAGGGGAGGCAUGUUUAGCAGACGUGUACCCUGAAGUGAAGCCGCAGCCAGAGGCUAGUAAUGGCACCACCCCAAGUGUUGCUUCAGAGAACGUUGAGAGAGAGUAUCUUCAAUACAAUGAUCCAAAGACGGUUUUCCGUGCAGAGGCUUGUGAUGAUCUUGGAGGAAUUUUCUGUGAGCAAGAGUAUCAGAAGGGUGUCUACUAGAAGAAAGGGAAAACCCUGAUCUUUUUGCCAUGACUACUACGUUGUCGAUGUUAAGUUUACAUAGUAAUUGUAGUGUUGGUUGUACAUAGUAUAGAAUAUGAUCUCAGUGUGCAUCAAGUUAUAUGGAUGUGUUUUUCAGGGUUUUCCGUGCAGAGGCUUGUGAUGAUCUUGGAGGAAUUUUCUGUGAGCAAGAGUAUCAGAAGGGUGUCUACUAGAAGAAAGGGAAAACCCUGAUCUUUUUGCCAUGACUACUACGUUGUCGAUGUUAAGUUUACAUAGUAAUUGUAGUGUUGGUUGUACAUAGUAUAGAAUAUGAUCUCAGUGUGCAUCAAGUUUCUUUUUCGCUAUAAAUUUUACAAUAAUAAUGCACAAUAUAUUUGGAAGCU